GAGGAAAGGCCUGGUAGGUCUCUGGGUGGAUUUAAGUGUAUUUUAGUGUUUCUACAGGCGGCGUGAGAGAAUCAACAGCAGCUUUAAGUGUUGGUCUGAGGCUGGGACUCAGGUAGGACUCCUCUAGACUCUGUUUACCGGUCUCAGUCUCGCUCAGUAGUGAUGUUGGACGCCAGAGAGACUUCCAGUCCGCGGUGGGUUCGGGUCAGGGUCAUCCAUGGUCUGUUGCAGGGACGGAUCCGGGGACUAGUCCUCGGAAGCGCUGGUUCACUAGCCUCGGAUCCGCUGCAGGGUUCGCGACGGGGCGCAUCACUUGGAAUCGUAGGAUGUCCAAGGAAGGUCCCGCCUCUCUCGCCUCUGAUUGGCUAGAAGGGCUCUGCUAUGAUUGGCUGUUUCAUUAAGCAGCAACAGUACUGUCCUGUCACCAGCAGAACAGCUGUUUUGUAUAGAAAAUGAGAACCAGGGCCUAUAACAACCAUUCUGUUCUGUUUUACUGAAAUAGUUUUAUUAAAAACCUGAGAAAGUUCAAAAAGGGAACUUAUGAUGAAUCUUGUUGCAUGAACCACUAUUGGACUUACUUUAUAUGUGUAAUAUGUGUGUUAUUACUGCAGAACACCGGAUAAAUGUGUGUGUGCCGUCUUGCUCACGCUCACUAUGUAACGCUCCUGUAGAGAAUCCUUACAUGUACAAGCGCGUGUACACAGACAGGUGCUCACAUGGUAUGGACUCGGCCCUUUUGACACACCACCUAAGGCUGUGGUUGGCACUAAAUGCACUAUGAAUUAUUAAUGUGUGCUUUUCAGCAAAAAAUGUAACUUUUAUAUCCCCGUGUUGUUGGCGCAGUGGUAUUUUGGUCUUGUUGUAUUUUUGUGUCCACUUUUUUUCUCUUUCUGCAGGUCUAAAAAAAGCAGGGGUGCUUGGUCGCACGUAGAAGGAAGUGGCGCCACCAUCAGCGUCAGCUCUGAGGAAGUUUACAGCCGGUAAACGAAACUGUCAGCAAGCUGUUAGCUAAACACGGCUAAAGAAAACCUGCUACCACUUCAGGAUCAUCCAUCAGCUGGGACUGCUUCAUCAGCAUGGACACAGAUGUUCAACAGCUGGUGCUGGUUAAAGAAGAAGCUCCUGGUGAGGACCAGCAGGACCCAGAACACCUCCACAUAAAGGAGGAACAGGAGGAACUCUGGACCAGUCUGGAGGGAGAGCAGCUCCAUCUGAAGGAGGAGACGGAUGCUGCCAGGUUUCCAGUCACUGUAGUUACUAUAAAGAGUGAGGAUGAUGAAGAGAAACCUCUGAUCUCACAGCUUCAUCAGCAGCAGAUAGAAGACAGAGAUGUUCCAACCAGCAGCUCAGCUGGUGGAGGAGCAGGAACUAGCAGGAACCCAGGUCUGAACCCUCAUGAACAGACAUCUGAUUCUUCAGAGACUGAAGUUAGUGGAGAUGAUGAAGACGAUGAUGAUUCGAGUAUAGACUCUGAGCUGUCUGACUCUGGGUCUGAAACUGGAGACACAGACUGGAGUGAGAGCAGGUCUUCUGAGUCCGAUGUUAACACUGUAAACAAGUCCUUUAGCUGCCCUGAGUGUGGUGAACAGUUUCACCUCAAGAGGUCUCUCCAGAAACAAAUGAGAGUGACAAGUCAUUCAGAAACGGGGGCUUCAGGCUGUGUUGGAGCCAAUCAACAUGUAGACUCAUGCAAGAAAGUCCAGGAAGAACUAAUAUCGUUUAGUUGCAACAACUGUGGAAAAAGGUUUUGGGGAAAAUCACAUUUAAAAAGAAUCCAUACAGUGCAGAAAACGUUUGCCUGUGAGUUCUGUGGAAAAAUAUUUAGUCUAAAGACAAAUUUAAACAAACACACUAGAGUCCACACAGGACAGAAGCCUUUUGCCUGUGAGCUCUGUGGACAAAGAUUUAGUCAUAAGAUCACUUUAAACAGUCAUUUGAGAGUCCACACUGGAGAAACCCCAUUUGCCUGUGAGCUCUGUGGACAAAAGUUUAGCCAAAAGACAAAUUUAAACAGACACAUGAGUGUCCACACAGGACAGAAGCCUUUUGCCUGUGAGUUGUGUGGAAAAAGAUUUAGCCAAAAGACAACUUUAAACAGACACACGAGAGUCCACACAGGACAGAAACCUUUCGUCUGUGAGCUCUGUGGUCAAAGAUUUAGUCAAAGGUCCAGUUUAAACAGUCACACGAAAGUCCACACGGGACAGAAACCUUUUGCCUGUGAGCUCUGUGGACAAAGAUUUAAGCAUAAGACAUGUUUGACCACUCACAUGAGAGUCCACACAGGAGAAAAGCCUUUUGCUUGUGAGAUUUGUGGAAAGAAAUUUAGUCUUAAGUCAAGUUUAAACAAUCACACGAGGGUCCACACAGGACAGAAACCUUUCGUCUGUGAGCUCUGUGGAAAACGAUUUAGCCAAAGGUCAAGUUUAAACAAUCACAUGAGAGUCCACACAGGACAGAAACCUUUUGCCUGUGAGCUCUGUGGACAAAGAUUUAAACGCAAGAAACAUUUAAACUCUCACAUGGAAGUCCACACGGCACAGAAAGAAGUAAGUUAAAGCUGCAAUAGCAAAUCUGGAAAAUGGUUUAAAACAUUUUUAUGACUCUUAACAGAAUCAGCUUUAUUGCCAGUGCUCCAGCGUCCCGAAGCACGUAAAAUUGACGUUUUACAACAGUGUUCUACCGUAAGACAGCUGUACAUAUCAGUCCAUCCAUUCAUUUUCAGCCUCUUAUCCAGAGUCGGGUUGCGAGGGCAGUAGCCUAAGCAGGGAGGUCCAGACUUCCCUCUCCCCAGCUACUUGGGCCAGCUCCUCUGGGGAAAUCCCAAGGUGUUCCCUGACCAGGUGAGAGACAUAGUCCCUCCAGAGUUUUUAAAAUGAGGCUGAAAACCUACUUUUAUGAUCUGGCUUUUAAUUCUGUGGGUUAGCAAUUGUUGAUGUUUUAUAUUUUGUAAUUCUUAUUUGUGGUUUUAAUUAUGUCUGUGGCGCUAUAUGUUUUAUUGUUUUAUUCUUUUGUUGUACAGCACCUUGGUGGCAUGCUCAUGCCUGUAAGGUGCUUUAUAAAUAAAGGCUGAUUGAUUGA